CUGCCCGGGCUGCGGCGGCGGCGGCUGGUUUUCCUGUGCUCCGCAUCUCUAACUUGGGAACUGUCCACCAGCGUGAGCUCCUGAACAUGAGCCGCCUCUCUCUCUACCUGCUCGGAUUGCUGCUCAGUAGCGGGCAAGCUCUUCUUCAAGUGACGAUUUCACUUAGCAAGGUAGAGCUUAGUGUGGGCGAAUCCAAAUUCUUCACAUGCACAGCGAUUGGUGAGCCAGACAGUAUAGACUGGUACAAUCCACAAGGAGAGAAGAUUGCAUCUAGUCAAAGAGUGGUCAUUCAAAAAGAAGGUGUUAGAUCACGGCUAACCAUUUACAAUGCAAAUGUAGAAGAUGCUGGGAUAUAUCGGUGUCAAGCAACUGAUGCAAAAGGACAGACUCAAGAAGCUACUGUUGUUUUGGAAAUUUAUCAGAAGCUCACUUUCCGAGACAUCAUAACGCCACAAGAAUUCAGACAAGGAGAAGAUGCUGAAGUGGUUUGCCAUGUUACUAGUUCACCCGCACCUGUUGUCAGCUGGUUGUAUCGAAAUGAGGAAGUCACAACUAUUGCUGACAAUCGAUUUGCAAUGUUAUCAAACAACAAUCUCCAAAUUCUUAAUAUAAAUAAAAGUGAUGAAGGAAUAUAUAGAUGUGAAGGAAGAGUGGAAGCUAGAGGAGAAAUCGACUUUCGGGAUAUCACAGUUAUUGUCAACGUUCCUCCAGCAAUUACUUUUCUACAGAAGUCCUUUAAUGCUACAGCAGAUCGGGGAGAGGCAAUUACUUUAUUCUGUAGAGCCACAGGCUCUCCUGAACCUGAAAUCAGCUGGCAUAGGAAUGGCAAACUUAUUGAUGAAAGUGAAAAAUAUAUUUUGAGAGGAAGCAAUACAGAAUUAACAAUCAGAGAUAUCAAAAAUAUUGACGCAGGUCCUUAUGUUUGUGGAGCAAAAAAUAAAGCUGGGAAUGAUAAAAAGCAGACAUUCCUCCAAGUUUUUGUACAGCCUCAGAUAAUACAUCUUAAAAAUGAAACCACAUUUGAAAAUGGUCAAACAACACUGAUAUGUGAGGCAGAAGGAGAACCUGUCCCAGAAAUUACUUGGAAAAGAGCCAUCGAUGGAAUAACUUUUUCUGAAGGUGACAAGAGCCCAGAUGGCCGUAUAGAAGUCAAAGGGCAGCAUGGAAAAUCGUCACUGCAUAUUAAAGAUGUGAAGUUGUCAGAUUCAGGGAGAUAUGACUGUGAAGCUGCAAGUAGAAUUGGUGGGCAUCAAAAGAGCAUGUACCUUGAUAUUGAAUAUGCUCCAACAUUUGUGUCAAAUCAAACCUUGUAUUAUUCUUGGGAAGGCAAUCCUAUCAAUAUAAGUUGUGAAGUACUAUCUAAUCCUGUAGCGUCAGUUCACUGGAGAAGAGGAAAAUUAGUUUUACCUGCAAAAAAUACUACCCAUUUAAAGACUUACAGUGCAGGAAGAAAGCUGAUAUUAGAGAUUGCUCCCACAUCUGACAAUGAUUUUGGGCGAUAUAACUGCACAGCUACUAACAGAAUAGGAGCAAGACAUCAGGAAUAUACCCUUGGGCAAGCUGAUGUGCCAUCCAGUCCCUAUGGAGUAAGAAUUAUAGAGUUGUCACAGACUAUUGCCAAGGUCUCUUUCAAUAAGCCAGAUUCACAUGGAGGUGUGCCCAUUCAUCAUUACCAAGUGGAUGUGAAAGAAGUUGCUUCAGAAACUUGGAAAGUAGUCCGCUCCCAUGGAGUUCAAACAAUGGUUGUUCUUAGCAAUCUGGAACCGAACACAACCUAUGAAAUCAAGGUUGCAGCUGUAAAUGGAAAAGGACAAGGAGAGUAUAGCAAAAUUGAGAUCUUUCAGACUUUACCCGUUCGUGAGCCAAGCCCUCCAUCAAUUCAUGGACAACCAGGCAGUGGAAAGAGCUUUAAACUUAGUAUAACUAAACAGGAUGAUGGAGGAGCCCCCAUAUUGGAAUAUAUCGUGAAAUACAGAAGUAAAGAUAAGGAAGACCAGUGGCUAGAGAAAAAAGUACAGGGUAGCAGAGACCACAUAAUCUUAGAGCAUCUGCAAUGGACCAUGGGUUAUGAAGUGCAAAUUACUGCUGCCAAUAGACUGGGUUAUUCUGAACCAACAUUGUAUGAGUUCAGCAUGCCACCAAAGCCCAACAUUAUUACUGAUACCCUUUUUAAUGGCCUUGGGCUCGGUGCAGUCAUUGGCCUAGGAGUAGCAGCCCUUUUGUUAAUCCUUGUUGUGACUGACGUCAGCUGCUUCUUUGUACGGCAAUGUGGAUUGCUAAUGUGCAUCACUAGGAGAAUUUGUGGGAAAAAGAGUGGCUCUAGUGGAAAGAGUAAAGAACUAGAGGAAGGAAAAGCUGCAUACCUGAAAGAUGGAUCAAAAGAGCCAAUAGUGGAAAUGAGAACAGAGGAUGAAAGAAUUACCAAUCAUGAAGACGGGAGUCCAGUAAAUGAGCCAAAUGAAACAACACCACUCACAGAACCUGAGAAACUGCCACUAAAAGAAGAAAAUGGGAAAGAAGCUUUAAAUCCAGAAACUAUAGAAAUCAAAGUUUCUAAUGACAUCAUCCAGUCAAAAGAAGAUGAUAGCAAAGCAUAAAAAGAUGACUACAGCUGUCCAAAAAAAGUAUUUGGAUUGGAGUAACCCCGUGACCAAAACUCUACAGCUGACCUUAAUUUCUUGGGCAAUUUAAGCUUGGAAUAGUUAGUACACGUGUACAUAUGAUCAAACAA